CCCUGGUGGUCUCUUUCCGUCCGGACGGCGGGGAGCUGGCGGUGUCGUCUUUGGAUGGUCAGAUCACCAUGUGGGAACCGGAGAAAGGGAUUCAGACGGGAUCCAUCGAGGGAAGACACGACCUGCAGUUAGGACGAAAAGAGACGGAUAAGAUCACCGCCAAACAGUCCUCAAAAGGAAAGGCCUUCACCACACUGUGCUACUCUGCAGAUGGCAGCGCUCUCCUUGCCGGUGGGGCCUCCCGCUUUGUGUGUAUUUACCAUGUCAGAGAACAGCUUCUCGCCAAAAAGUUUGAGAUCUCCUGUAAUUAUUCUCUGGAUGCCAUGGAGGAGUUUCUGGACCGCCGUAAGAUGACGGAGUUCGGGAGUCUUGCGCUGGUUGAUGAGGGAGCGGGAGAAGAUGGGGUCAUGUUGAGUCUUCCAGGUGUCCGUAAAGGUGAUAUGAGCUCCCGACACUUCAAGCCUGAAAUCCGUGUAACGUCGUUACGAUUCUGUCCGACCGGACGCAGCUGGGCCGCCACCUCCACCGAGGGUCUCCUCAUCUACUCUCUUGACUCCAGUUCGGUGUUUGACCCUUUCCACUUGGAUGAGGAGGUGACAGCCGGGAGUGUGCACCGGACACUGCGGAAAGGCGAGUGGACUCGGGCCCUGGUGAUGGCCAUGAGACUGAAUGAAGAGCGUCUGGUCCAGGAGGCGGUGGAGCGCGUUCCCCCCUCAGACAUUAAGGUUCUCUGCUCCUCCCUCCCGGAGUUGUACGUGGAGCGGCUCCUGGCGUUCUUGGCCGCUCAGAUCCAGGGCUCCCGGCACCUGCAGUUUUACCUCAUCUGGGCCCAUGAAUUAUUGAUGCAGCACGGACAGAAGCUGAAGACCCGAUCCGUCUCCUUAAUGCCGACCAUUCACUCCCUGCAGAGGAGCAUUCAGGGUCACUUCACCGACAUCGCAAAGCUUUGUGAUUGGAAUCGAUACAACAUGAGAUUUGCCGUCUGUUUGUCUAAACAACGAGGUGUGAAACGUGAAGCCUCAGAACGUGACUCUGACCUGGACUCUGACUUGGAAUCUAUGGGGGGCAGUACUGGAGAAGUGGAGAUGGAUGAGUGAUCAUGUGGAGCAUGGAGCUGUGAGGACUCGGUGGUCUCCAUCAUGUUCCUUCUAGUGAGGACUUGGUGGUCUCCAUCUUGGACAUUUGUGGACUUGGUGGUCUCCAUCUUGGACAUUUGAGGACUUGGUGGUCUCCAUCUUCUACAUUUGAGGACUCGGUGGUCUCCAUCUUGGACAUGUGAGAACUUGGUGGUCUCCAUCGGUGACGUCCAUAUUGUGAGCGCUUCUGUGAAGAGAUGAUGGAUGUUGUAUGGAGGGAAGACUCGUAGCUGGUGGAGAUCUGUAGGGUGGUCUGUGCCGUAACGUACAUCUAAAUACAGCUGAGUGACGUCCACCACCGGUCAAAUACUAAAGUUUUCCAUUUGUUUUUUGGAGUUUCAAUUUCAGGGGACGACCGUGAUCCCCUGUGUGGGGGGGUUUAGGGCGCUCGUUGUGGGGAACGGAGCAGAAAGUACAUAACAAAUUUCUGGAUAAACUAUGAUCUGGUCCUGUUCCCUGAGUGCGGGGAUAGGAUGAUACGGGGAUCCGGGGCCCCAGGGGCCUCUAAUCGCUGCUGAGAAGACCAAAAAUAGAAUUUGCAUAUUUAGGUUUUAUUGAGGUUUUUUUUUUUUUAUAAAGAACUUUUCCCAUCUGGACAAGCACAGGACUGUCUGUCCCUGCGGGACCCUCUGUUGUAUCUCUGUGAGGGCGCAGGUCACAUGGAGCUUUCCCACCAAUAAAAGUCGCUGUUUUCUCCUCUGA